CAGGAACUGUGAGCCUCUGUUGUUCCUUUGAACUUGAUUCAGGACGAAGGAGURGAAUUCUCUCCAGGCCAUCUGCUCUGGAGAGCUUGGCAAAGCAGUCCGGCAAAAUGAAAGGACUCACGUGCUUUCUCAUCUGGUUAUUUCUUUUGGAAACACAAGCCUUUGAGAUCCCCAUAAAUGGACUUCCUGAAUUUGCAGAAUAUGGUGAUCUGGUGGAACUGGCCCCAGGAAAAUUUCAAUUUGUGCCAGAGAACCGGAGGUAUCAGAGAAGCCUUUCUGGAGAAUCCGGAGAAGUGAUGGAGAAUGUUGAUCAAGUAACUCUUUAUAGCUAUAAAGUCCAGUCCACCAUUACUUCUCGUAUGGCCAAUACCAUCAUCCAGAGCAAGCUGGUGAACAACUCCCCGCAGCCUCAGAAUGUCGUGUUUGAUGUUCAGAUUCCCAAAGGGGCCUUUAUCUCCAACUUUACCAUGACUGUAGAUGGCACGACGUUCACCAGUUCCAUUAAGGAGAAAACUGUGGGCCGAGCUCUCUACUCACAGGCGAGAGCAAAAGGCAAGACGGCUGGACUGGUGAGGAGCAGAGCUGUUGAUAUGGAGAACUUCAAAACGGAAGUAAACGUCCUCCCUGGAGUCAAGGUGCAGUUUGAACUUCAUUACCAAGAAGUGAAUUGGAGGAAGCUGGGAUCCUAUGAGCACAGACUUUAUCUGCAGCCUGGACGACUGGCCAAACACCUGGAGGUGGACGUGUGGAUUAUUGAGCCUCAGGGACUUAAAUUUGUUCAUGUUCCUGAUACAUUUGAAGGCCACUUCGUUGGUGUUCCAGUCUUAUCUAAAGGACCCCAGAAGGCACAUGUUUCCUUCAAGCCCACAGUAGCACAGCAAAGAAAAUGCUCCAACUGUUCUGARACUGCCGUGGAUGGAGAGCUGGUGGUGAUGUAUGAUGUGAACCGAGAAGAGAAGGCUGGCGAGCUUGAGGUGUUUAAUGGAUAUUUUGUCCACUUCUUUGCUCCUGAGAACCUGGACCCAAUUCCCAAAAACAUCCUUUUUGUUAUUGACGUUAGCGGCUCAAUGUGGGGGAUUAAGAUGAAACAAACUGUGGAAGCAAUGAAGACCAUACUGGAUGACCUAAGAGCUGAAGACCAAUUCUCUGUGGUCGAUUUCAAUCACAAUGUUCGAACCUGGAGAAAUGAUUUAGUUUCAGCUACUAAAGCACAGGUUGCAGAUGCCAAGAAAUACAUUGAGAAAAUCCAGCCCAAUGGAGGCACAAACAUCAAUGAAGCACUCCUGCGGGCGAUCUUUAUUUUGAAUGAAGCCAAUAAUUUGGGAUUGUUGGAUCCCAACUCGGUCUCUCUGAUCAUUCUGGUUUCUGAUGGAGACCCAACAGUAGGUGAGAUAAAACUGUCAAAAAUCCAGAAAAACGUGAAGCAGAACAUUCAAGACAAUGUCUCCUUGUUCAGUUUGGGGAUAGGAUUUGAUGUUGACUAUGAUUUUUUGAAAAGACUAUCCAAUGAAAAUCGUGGGAUUGCUCAAAGGAUUUAUGGAAACCAGGACACAUCCUCCCAGCUCAAGAAAUUCUACAAUCAGGUCUCAACUCCAUUGCUCCGGAAUGUCCAGUUCAACUAUCCUCACCCGUCAGUAACAGACGUCACUCAGAACAGUUUCCACAACUAUUUUGGAGGUUCAGAGAUUGUUGUGGCAGGAAAAUUUGACCCUGAUAAGUUGGAGCAAGUACAGAGCAUUAUCACCGCGACUUCGGCUAACACAGAGUUGGUCUUGGAAACCCUGGCCCAGAUGGAUGACCUGGAGGAUUUCCUAUCAAAAGACAAGCAUGCAGAUCCUGAUUUCACCAAGAAAUUGUGGGCCUAUCUAACAAUCAAUCAACUGCUAGUGGAGCGAAGCCUGGCUCCUACAGCUGCAGCCAAAAGGAAGAUUACAAAAACAAUCCUGCAGAUGUCUCUAGAACAUCAUAUUGUGACCCCACUGACUGCGAUGGUGAUUGAGAAUGAAGCUGGGGACGAGCGCAUGCUGGCCGACUCCCCUCCACAUGAUCACUCUUGCUGUUCAGGUGCCUUGUAUUAUGGCAGCAAAGUUGCUCCAGGUUCCAUCCCAUCUUGGGCCAAGCCUUCUCCAACACCAGUGAUGGCCAUGCCUGUGAUAGGGGGACAGCUGCUUGAGUCCACGCCCCCUCCACAUGUGAUAAGAGUUGAAAAUGACCCCCAUUUCAUCAUUUAUCUGCCAAAAAGCCAAAAGAAUAUUUGCUUUAAUAUUGACUCAGAACCUGGAAAAAUCCUCAAUCUGGUUUCUGAUCCAGAAUCAGGGAUUUUAGUGAAUGGUCAGCUUAUUGGUGCAAAGAAGCCUCAGAAUGGAAAGCUAAGAACCUAUUUUGGAAAACUGGGAUUUUACUUCCAAAAUGAAGACCUGAAAAUAGAAAUCAGCACUGAGACCAUCACCCUGAGUCGUGGUUCUCAUACAUCCAUCUUGUCCUGGUCUGACACAGCUCACAUCAUUAAUCAGAGGGUGCUUGUCUCUGUGAAGAAAGAAAAAACUGUGACUGUGACCCUGGAUAAGGAGAUAUCCUUUUCUGUUCUACUGCAUCGUGUUUGGAAGAAGCAUCCAAUCAACGUAGACUUUCUGGGGAUCUACAUUCCCCCCACAAACAAGUUUUCCCCUAAUGUGCAUGGACUUUUAGGCCAGUUCAUGCACGAGCCAAAGAUACACAUCUUCAAUGAGAGACCAGGAAAGGACCCUGAGAAGCCAGAGGCAAGCAUGCAAGUGAAAGGACAGAAGCUGACUGUCACCAGAGGAUUCCAGAAAGACUACAGAACAGAUAUAGUGUUUGGAACAGAUGUUCCCUGUUGGUUUGUGCACAACAGUGGCAAAGGUUUCAUCGAUGGACAUUACAAGGACUACUUUGUGCCUCAUCUCUAUAGCAUUCUUAAAUGGCCUUAAAGGUUUAUAGUUUUGAAAAUUCUACAUAUAAAUAUACAUUUUUUCCCUGCCACUUUUGCAGUCAUUCCUCAGUUGAAUAGUUAAAAAACCGCAGGUGCCAUGGAGGUUUAUAAAGCCUGUUCAACACAUCUGAAUAAAAUAAAUAUUUUGCAAUGAAGCCUUAUGAUGCUGUUGCAUUUUUCAGAUGCUAAG